AUGCGCAAGAAGGCCGUGGCUCUGAUCAGCGCGGCGCGCGCGGGGAAGAGGCCCGCGGAGAGGGCCCGGCUCGACUUCCUGUCGCUGGCCCUGCAGGGCCGCGGCUUCAGCUUCGCGAAGGUCAUUGCCAUGAUCGACGGCAUGGUGAAGCUGCUCGGGGACGAGCAGGUUGAGGACGAGAACAAGAAGGAGUACUGCGGCAAAUCCCUCGACACCGCUGAAGACAAGGCCAAAGCUCUGACCCAGAAGAUAUCGGACACGGAGACCGCCAUCGCCGAUGCCAAAGAGACGAUGGAGGCAUGUGUGAAGGAGAUCGAUGCACUUCAGAAGGGCAUCAAGGACUUGGACAAGUCUGUCGAGGAAGCCACGGAGCAGAGGAAGGAGGAGAACGACGAGUACAAGGAGCUGAUCAGCUCCAACUCCGCGGCGAAAGAGCUGCUCGAGUUCGCUAAGAACCGCCUCAACAAAUUCUAG